AACUUUAUAUAUAUAUAUGUAUAUGUAUAUAUUUUAAUUAUUAAUUGUAUCUAUUCUGAAAAACUAUUCCAUGUAAUCAUAAUAAACUAUGACAGAUCGUUAUUAAAUGACAGAUGUUAUAAUUUUAUUUCAAAACAACAGUGUUAUUAUUAUUAUAAAAUAGUAUGAAUUAUAAUCGUGUAAAUAAUUAAUCUAAUUUAUUAUUUGUAAUUGUAAAAAAGUACGCAUAUGGGCUAUUGUCAUAAUGGAUAUAAAAGAAAAAGUCAUACAAAGAUUCAACGAAAAGAUAGGAUCAAGUUUAAAGGGACUUGAAAAUAUUAAAAAUUUCCAUGAAUGCCUUCAAGCAGAAAAGGAUGAUAUUGAAAAAUCUUUAUCCAUGGUCUCAAGCGAAGCACCUUCAAAAGUCAAAGCAGCUGUAGAGAGUGUAGAACAUGUUUCUGUAGAAUUUGAGAAAUUAAAAAUGUCUGCAAUGGAAAUUCACAAUAAUAUUCAAGAGUCAAUGAAAGAAAAUAGUGAAAAUUCUGAAGUACAAGAAGUUAUUGAUAAGAUAGGUCAAUUAGAUAAGUGCCUAUCAUAUCUCAAUUUUAUAAAAUGUAUUGAGGAUAUCAGUAAUGAAAUGGAAAAUGCAUUAUUGUCAGCCGAUGAUGAAUCUGUUAUCACAUUGUAUACAAAUCUUACUGAAAUUAGUUGCCAAUUACAAACAUCGUCUUGUCACCACCUUGUAAAUUAUGUGAAAGAGACAUUACAUUUUUAUCAUAAUUUGAUAAAAGAAAAAUUAUCAAAGGAAUAUAAUGAUGUUUUAAAAAGUCUGAAAUGGCCUUUCUGUGGAACUAAUGCAAACACAAUAAUUACACCUUUACCUGAGACUAUUACUAGAUUUAAAAUACUUACAGAAUAUCUGUUACAUCUAGAAUUACCAGAUGAAACUAUAAAACCUGUGGUAACAUCUGCUCUUCUGACUGAUUUUGCACCUGUGUGCUUACCCAUUACACUACUAGUGCGCCCAUUGAGGCAAAGGUUUAUUUAUCAUUUUACAGGUAGUAAAUUGACAAAUCGGCAAGAUAAACCAGAAUGGUUUUUUACUCAGGUACUCACAUGGAUUAAAGAUCAUGUUCAAUGGGUACAAAAAUAUGUUCAACCUGUGGCAGAUUCUAUUGGGCUAAGUCAUAUAAAUGUGAAGGCUGAAUUUAUGCGUGCUUUGGUACAAUUAGCUGUUGAAAAAUUACAUUCCGAAUUAGCAAUAGCGCAAUACGAUGAUGCUUUAUUUGCCCAUUUGGUAGAUGAAGCUCUUGGCUUUGAAAGAGAACUUAGAGAAACAUUAUUAUAUCCUUCUUCUCAACCAGCUACUGUAUUUGUAUUAACUCAAGCUCAUAUAUUUGUAAAAUGGAUUAAUAUGGAGAAAAAAUAUGCUACAGAAAAAAUGGAUGCAAUAUUAAUUUCAAACACAGCCUGGGAAAUUCUACUAGGACCUGAUACUAAUGACAUGAAAGAAACAGAAUGUGCUAGUGCUUUUCUUACACUUUUAACAACAAUUUCCGAUAGAUACAAACAUUUACCUCAACCUGGACACAGAUUACAGUUUCUUGAAUUACAAUUAGAAUUAAUUGAUGAUUGGAGAGUAAGAUUAUUACAAUUGUUACAUGAAGAUUGUGUAGAUCCAUUAGCAUCUCUUAUGCCAUGUAUACUUAAUACAUUACAUUAUGUUGCUAAUGUUUUGGAGGAAUGGGGUGUUACUGUGCACUUUUUGCAACUUCAUUUCUUCAAAAAACAAUUUGAAGCAGUAGAGAAUGCUACAGAUGAAGGUAAAGAUGUUACUGAACAUAUUGGAGAAAUAGAAGGAACUGUAUUUGACGAAGCUGUUGCUUUAUUACGGCGACUAGAAAAAGAGUUAAUUAAUGAAAUCAGUGAUUCAGUAGCUUUGGAUGUAAAAGCAAAAAGUAGACCUUAUAGAACAGAUAAAUGGUUUGCAAUGCAAUCUUCAAAAGAAGUUGCUUCAUUGUCAGUAACCCCUAGUGGUUGUCCCAUGUUUCAAGAAUUAGGUACAAGACUUCAUGUAUUACAUGAAGCACUUACUUUACCAUUAUUUCAUCAAGCUUGGAAACAGUUAGCUUUUCAAUUUGAUCAGUUUCUCUUAGAGGAGGUUGUCUUGGUAAAUCAUUUUAAUACAGGAGGUGCAGAACAGUUACAAUAUGAUAUUUUUAGAAAUUUAUUCCCCCUUUUUGGCUUAUAUAUAAACAAACCAGAAUCGUUUUUCCCAUUAAUCAAAGAGGCUUGUGUUUUACUUAAUAUAUUAGUAGGAUCUGCAAUGUUACUUCUGGAUGCACUCAAUGCAAGUGAUGAAGAUACUGCAAAGGAAAUACUCGCAGAUGUUGGUGUUCAUAAAAUAUCUCCCGAUGUUGCUAUAAAAAUAAUUCAGUCAAGAACAGAUGUGAUCUAUGAAUAAUAAAUAUGUUUUAUUUAAUA